GACGCGAUGGCGGAGGGCGUCGCGAAGGGCAACGUCCACCUCGCGAAUCUCGCCGAGGCGGGCGAGCGAUUCGCGCUCUCCGCGGGGAGCGAGGAGACGCGCACGCGCCAAGAAGCGCUCCUCCGCGAGUUCGAAAACCGCCGACGCCAGCGCGCGGUCGCGGUGACGACGGACGACCGAGAGGUGCGGAAGCAGCUCCGAGAGCUCGGCGAGCCCAUGACGCUCUUCGCGGAGGGACCCGGCGAGCGGCGCGAUCGCCUGCGCGCGCACCUCGCGGCGUUAGACGCCGCGGACGGCGGCGCGCUCCCGGUCCCGGACGAGGCGACCGUCGUCGAGACCGAGGACGUCCAGCGCGAGCUGUUCUACACCGAGGGGAGCGCGAACUUGAUGCGCGCGAGGACGCUCAUCGCGUCCUAUUCUCUUCCCCGCGCGUCCGCGCGCGUCUCGCUCGCCAAGCGUCGCCGCGCCGACGCCGCCGUCGACGAGAUCGGCGAGAUGGACGCGGACGCGGCCGCGACGCGGACGUUCAAGACGGAGUGCUCGCAGAUCGGCGACGAGCGGCCGCUGAGCGUCGUGCGGUUCUCCCCGGGGGACGGCGGCGCGUGCGUGAUGAGCGCGUCGUGGAGCGGCGGCGUCAGGCUGUGGAGGACGGACGGAUGCGAGCGACUGCUGACGGUCAAGGCGCACGAGAACAGGAUCACGGGCGCGGACUUUCACCCGACGAACGCGACGUUGCGCGCGGUGACGUCGGAGGAGGGAGAGGGCGGCGGCGGCGCGGGGGAGGGACCGGGGCCGUGCGCGAUGGCGACGGCGUGCGCGGACGGCUCGGCGCAUCUCUGGAGCGCGAAGGGCGCGCUCUUGAAGACGUUGAAAGGCCACGCGAAUCGACUCGCGCGGUGCGCGUUCCACCCCGCCGGAGAGCACCUCGCGACCGCGGGGUUCGACAAGACGUGGAGGCUGUGGAGCGUCGAGACCGGGGAGGAGCUCCUGUGCCAGGAGGGGCACUCGCGCGCGGUGUACGACGUCGCGUUUCACCCGGACGGGUCCCUCUGCGCCUCCGUCGGGCUGGAGUCGCACGGGAAGGUGUGGGACCUUCGCACCGGGAAGUGCGUGCACAACCUCGUCGGGCACAACAAGCAGUGCCUCAGCGUGGACUUCUCCCCGAACGGGUACCACGUCGCGACGGGCAGCGACGACCACACGGCGAAGAUUUGGGACUUGCGGAAGCGCGCGUGUCUGUACACCGUGCCCGCGCACAGUUCGCUCAUCUCCUCGGUGAAGUACGAGCCGACGCGGGGAGGGUACUUCGUCACCGGGUCGUACGACGGCGUCGCGAAGGCGUGGAGCGCGCGCGAUUUCUCGAGGAUCAACUCCCUCAGAGGGCACGAGGCGAAGGUGAUGUGCGUGGACGUCGCGCCGGGCGGGGAGACGUGCGCGACGGUGUCGUACGAUCGGACGUUGAAGUUGUGG